AUGCGGCUACUCUUCCUGCUGUUACCAGUUUUAUAUCAACUUGGAGAAUGUCAGGAUCUGACCGCAAUUUGUGGAUCGCUCGAAGCGCAGGCAAGCUGUGGUCAGUGCAUAAAACAGCAUCCAGAUUGUGCAUGGUGCCGAGAUCCGCAUACAACCCAUCAGAAUCGAUGCCAGGUCAGAUCAGCUUUCAAAGCCGAGACCUGCAAUCCUACAUACGUGUACUCCCCAGCCACGGAAGUUCGCAUCGGACCACAUAAUUUGCCUCUUGGAUCGCCUGGAUCUGGGAAGUCAGUCGUUCAGAUUGAACCGCAACAGGUUGUUCUGCGAAUGAAACCAGGCGACACUCUGAAUGUGCAGUACAAGUAUAUGCACAAAAAACCCGCUCCUGGAUACGAUGUCAAGGAGUUUUUAGUACAAACAAGCGAAUUCAAAAAGCUUGGCCUCGAAAUGAAGUUCUUCGUCGACUGCAACGGGCGAGAAGUUGAGGGGAAACAAUGUCCGACUCUCAAGGAAGGACAGAAAGUCAACUUCAAGAUAAAAGUCACUCUUCUCGAAUGUCGUGACGGAGCCGACGUCGCCAUAUCGGUCGGAGUAUACGGUUACACCACCGUUUCUGCGUUGUACAUCACACCUUUGUGCGGAUGUGAAUGCGAAAAACCCACACAACAGGAGAAGAACUCUCCGCUCUGUCAUCAGCACGGUAAUCUCAUUUGUGGACAAUGUGUCUGCGAAUCCACCAGAGGAGGGGAUCGUUGUGAAUGUCCACUUGCAAGCUAUGGCGUUAAAAAUGCUAUGGAAUUGGAGGACCGUUGCAGAGAGAAGCCAGGUGCUCCAGUAUGUUCUGGACGAGGAAUGUGUCGUUGUGGUCAAUGCCAGUGCAAAACACAAACGAUCACCGGUCGAUUCUGUCAAUGCGAUCAUUCAUCCUGCCCUACUGGACCUGAUGGUCGACAAUGCAGUGGAAAUGGUGUUUGUGAAUGUGGAAAAUGCAGAUGCGAAGAUGGUUGGGAAAGAGACGAUUGUUCUUGCAGCACCGACAAAGGCACAUGUAUGGAAGGCGGAGCUGAAUGCUCUGGCAACGGGCAUUGCGAAUGCGGAAAAUGCGUCUGUGAUGAAGGUUUCAACGGAGCAUUUUGUGGUGCCCCAGAUGAAGUUGUGACCGCUAGUACUCCUGAAAAGGAAGAGAUGCCGGAGCCAGAAGAGGAACCCUCCGAGUCAGUUGAGCCUAGCAUUUCCGAAGAGGAAGUGAAAGAUGCGGUGGAAGAGAAUCCUGAACCAGCAAAUUCUGAGGAGAACACACCCACGGAAACAUCCGAUGGUGAUUAUGGUUCAGAGCCGGAAUUACCCGAGGAAGCGACGUCAUCAUCAUCAGUUCUCGUUUUUCUUACUAGCAUUUUUAUUGCCACCAUAUUCAUCUAA